AUGUCUGAUGCAUUGGAACGAAGUGCCGACUCCUUGGAGAGUACAGUGGGAUUAUUGAAGGGUUCUGUGGAGACUUUGAAGAAGAAUUCAAGACCAAACACGUACCUCACACAAACAAUGCUAAAAUCGAGAAGAGUGUUCGAACUAGUCUUGGAAUAUGACGUUCAGAGAGCAAAACUUGAUCUUAUUGAGGAGGUUGAGCCACUUGUGAGUAUUUUGCAAGACAAGCUGGGGAAGUCCCUAAACAAGAUGAGACGGGAACUGGAUACUUUACAACAAACAUACGAACUGAAUAAAUUAAGGCUUAAUAAGAAGAGUUAUACAGAUUUCGAUGUGAGUACUGAUGUCGUGAUUAUGGGAUCGACCACAAAUGAAGAAUUGGAAGAGCUCAAAAAGUUGAAGCAACAGAAAGAGAUGUUGCAGAAAAAAUUGGAACUUUUGAGGCAGAAUGCGGACACUUGA